AUAUCCCGUAAUUUGUAAAAAUCUUCUAUUCAUAAUGCACUUCUAUAACAUUGAUAAUCCACUGUACAUUGUACAACCCCUGAAAACCCUCUUCGAUCAAUUACCUUAACCGCACUGCCAUCUACCAAACACUCUCCACAAUAUGCACUCCUUCCAAUUCUGUAGUUCUGGCUUUUAAUUUGAGAAGUGCUCCAAGUAUGGAUCAUAUCAGGUGGUAGACACGGUUUCUAUUUCUAGCUAUCACCAGUAUCUCAAAGAUGUGGUGGAAAAUCGUUUUCUGUAUUGCAUAAUUUUUACAUAAUACUAGUGAAGACAACCACAGCUUAGAAAAGGAAAAAGAAAAAUACUGUAUCAGCACAGCGAUUGAGAAAGGUAUGAUGCAAUGGAGGAAGCACAAGGCCAGUAUUAUUCUUCCACUCCACAAGAAUCUGCAUUAUCUCAUGAUGGUGGAGGGAGGUCUCAGCUCAACGGCCAAGGGAAUUGUGGGACUGGUAUCAUAGGCCUGAAGAAGAGAGGUCAUGGAACUCGUUCUUGGAUAAAAAUUGGUCAGGAUGGGAGUACUCAGACCGUAACACUUGACAAGGCUACCAUUAUGAGACAUUGUUCUUUGCCUUCCAGAGAUCUUAGACUAUUGGAUCCAAUGUUCAUUUAUCCUUCUACCAUAUUAGGACGGGAGAAGGCUAUUGUUGUAAACCUUGAGCAAAUCCGUUGUAUAAUUACUGCUGAUGAGGUCAUCCUGAUGAAUUCAUUGGAUGGUAGUGUUGGUCAGUAUAGGUCAGAAUUAUGCAAUCGGCUUCAGAAAGAAAAAGCUGAUGGUCUGCCUUUUGAGUUUAGAGCGUUGGAAAUGGCUCUGGAGUUGACAUGCACAUCUUUGGAUGCUCAGGUAAAAGAGUUGGAAAUGGAAAUAUAUCCUGUGCUAGAUGAAUUAGCAUCGUCUAUCAGUACUCUGAAUUUAGAACGUGUUCGAAGAUUUAAAGGUCAUCUCCUUGCUUUGACUCAACGAGUUCAGAAGGUACGUGACGAAAUAGAACAUCUCAUGGAUGAUGAUGGUGAUAUGGCUGAGAUGUGCCUUACUGAGAAAAGGAGAAGCUCAGAUAUGUACCCUCUUAAUGAUUGUCUUCACAUUCUUACAUCAAGUAGUGGUAAAGAGAUUUCAAAGUCAGCUCCUAAUUCACCAGAGCGGUCAAUUAGUGGGAUCCCAAUGUUGCCAAGGGCUUUCAGCAUCACUGGAAAUUCAGGCAAACAUGGUAGUUCAAUGGGUUCUUCUGAUAAUGGAGAAAGGAUUCAACCACUGGAAAUGUUGCUUGAAGCAUACUUUAUCGUCAUUGAUAAUACGCUUAACUCAUUGUCGUCGCUUAAAGAAUACAUUGAUGACACAGAAGAUUUUAUCAAUAUAAAGUUGGGCAAUAUUCAAAACCGCCUAAUACAGUUUGAAUUGCUUCUUACUGCAGCUACAUUGGUAGCAGCAGUAUUUGCUGCUGUGACAGCAGUGUUUGGGAUGAACUUUGAAACCACAGUUUUUGACUAUCCAUCUGGUUUCCAUUGGGUUUUGGUAGUUACCGGAAUCACUUGUGCAUCAUUGUAUUUCUCAUUCUUAUUCUACUUUAAGUACAAGAAAGUGCUUCCAGGGUAAAAUUCAACAGCUCUGAACUGAUUCUGCUAUGUAGCAAAGCCAAAAUGGUCUUUAUAUUUAAGGUGGCAGGGCUGCCAAAUUUAUAUGCAUUAUCUGUUUUUGAA